ACACACACAUCCCACCAAAUAACCAUUAAAACAAGAUCCCAUAUUUCAAGAAAACAACACAUAAAAUCCUUUUUUGAGUUGUAGGGGGAAGCUUUGCCAUUGAUAGAAAUGGCUCAAACCAUGUUGUUGACAUCUAACACCGUAGUUUCUGGCCACCCAUUGCUUCAAUCUCUUAGACCCAAGCCUUUCUCUCAUCUCUUACUCCCUCCAAGCCUCGUAAACGCGUCUUCAACGUCUCCGGCUAGAACGUACACGAGCCCCGUUGCUCUCUUUAAAGCCAAGACCAAAGCGCCAGCCAAGAAGGCGGCACCAAAGGAAAAGAUAAAGGUUGAAGAUGGUAUUUUUGGCACAUCGGGAGGCAUUGGAUUUACGAAGCAAAACGAGCUAUUUGUUGGUCGUGUCGCUAUGAUCGGUUUUGCCGCAUCAUUGUUGGGAGAAGGAUUAACAGGGAAGGGAAUUUUACAACAACUCAAUUUGGAAACUGGAAUUCCAAUUUAUGAAGCUGAGCCUCUUCUUCUCUUCUUCAUUCUAUUCACUCUGCUUGGAGCCAUCGGAGCUUUGGGUGAUCGUGGUCGGUUUGUCGAUGAACCCACCGGACUCGACAAGGCCGUUAUUCCUCCCGGAAAAGGACUGCGAUCCGCACUCGGUCUUAGCGAAGGAGGUCCAUUGUUCGGGUUCACAAAAUCGAAUGAGCUCUUUGUCGGAAGAUUGGCGCAAUUGGGUAUCGCUUUCUCGUUGAUCGGAGAAAUUAUCACAGGAAAGGGAGCUCUAGCACAACUAAACAUCGAGACAGGAAUCCCGAUUAGCGACAUUGAACCACUUGUCUUGUUCAAUGUUGCUUUCUUCUUCGUUGCUGCCUUGAAUCCAGGAACCGGCAAAUUCGUCACCGAUGAUGAAGAAGACUAGAUGAAUGUUAUCGGGUUGGGGUUUUGUAGAUUUUGAUCAUUUUACAUGCAUUUGUGUGACGUACAACUACGACAUUAGUUUUCGUUAAAACAGUGUUAAAUAGCAAUGGAUCAUGUAUUACUUGUGAUGAAAUAUUUCCUUUAAUAAAGCCCAAAAUUACAUUAAAA